AUGAGGAGGAGGUGGAGCAGAUGUUGACUAACUAACUGGUCUAGCUCAAGUUGGUAACACAUUCUGGAGACACCGCACAUGGGUUGUUGCUAGUUUCAUUUGCAAAGGGUGAGACACAACGAGGCUUUCCCAGUGAAGAGAUGUACCUUGGAUUAAAAGGCUUUUUGAGAUGGGAAUAAUCCCAGCCUUCCUGUGAUCUACAACUUUCCUUUCUCACUUUUCUCUUAUUUGGUCCAAACAAAAGAGAAGUCUGUGUCUGCCCUCUUUGUGAUUUACUAGGAUUUUUCUCUAACUUCGUCUUCUAAGUUAAGUUAAAGCUAUAUAGUCCCCAGAAUGGCUGCUGAUGCAGACACAGCAUCUCAGGGCAGUGCAGUGCGGCUGAAGCAGGAGAUUUCCCUCCUUCAUGGGGUCUGCCUCAUUGUCGGAAAUAUGAUUGGCUCUGGCAUCUUUGUUUCACCUAAGGGAGUCCUUCUGUACACAGGCUCCUUUGGCCUGUCUCUGGUGGUGUGGGCUAUCGGAGGGAUAUUUUCUGUGUUUGGAGCUCUAUGCUAUGCUGAGCUUGGUACUACCAUCCGUAAAUCUGGAGCUUCAUACGCCUACAUUUUGGAAGCUUUUGGAGGCUUUUUGGCAUUUAUUCGGUUGUGGACGUCCCUGAUGAUAGUAGAACCAGCCUGUCAGGCAGUAAUAGCCUUGACUUUCUCCAAUUAUAUGGUCCAGCCCUUCUACCCCAGCUGUUCAGCCCCCUACUAUGCCGUCCGCCUCUUUGCUGCUGCCAUCAUAUGUUUGCUGACUUCUAUAAACUGUUUGAAGGUGAAAUGGGGGGCUAUUCUUCAGGUCAUCUCCACCGUGGCUAAGGUCCUAGCUCUCAUUGUCAUCAUCAUCACUGGUCUGGUUAAACUGGGCCAAGGUUUUGAUCAGAACUUUGAGAACUCAUUCAAAGGCUCCAAACUAAAUCCUGGUGAUAUGGCUUUGGCCCUGUACUCGGCACUCUACUCCUACUCUGGCUGGGAUACGCUCAACUUCAUCACAGAGGAAAUCAAAAACCCAGAGAGGAAUCUACCCUUGUCCAUUGCUAUUUCCAUGCCCAUUGUCACAGUGAUCUACAUUUUGACCAACAUAGCUUACUACGUUGUCAUGGAUGCAGACACGGUGCUCAACAGUGAAGCUGUUGCUGUGACGUUUGCAGAUGAGGUGCUGAGCUGGGCUCGGUGGCUGAUCCCCGUCUCUGUGGCUAUUUCCUGUUAUGGUGGCCUCAACUCCUCAAUCAUUGCAGCCUCAAGGUUGUUUUUUGUUGGUUCCAGGGAACGCCACCUACCAAAUGUCCUGUGCAUGAUCCAUAUUAAGCGCUUCACACCAAUUCCCGCACUGCUUUUCAAUGGUGCCAUGUCCCUGUUAUACCUAUCAGUGCCUGAUGUCUUCCGGUUGAUCAACUACUUCAGUUUUAACUACUGGCUGUUCAUUGGUCUGUCAAUAGCCAGCCAGAUUUACCUUCGCAUAAAAGCACCUGACAUGCCCCGGCCUGUUAAGCUGUCUUUGUUCUUCCCAGUAGUUUACUGCCUCUGCAGCAUAUUCCUGGUAGUGGUGCCCCUCUACAGCGACACAAUCAACUCUCUUGUAGGAAUUGCAGUGGCAUUAUCUGGUGCACCAGUCUACUACAUUUGCAUCCACCUGCCACCCACCUCUAGACCAGCCUUCCUGGGCAAAAUGCUCGAUGAGAUCUCUCUGUUCACCCAAAAACUGUGCAUGUGCUGUGUGGCCUCACCAGAUAUUGAUCUGGACAACAUUGACCCUGAAAAAAUCGAAUGAUACAGUGACAAACAACUAGGAGCGAAGAACUGUAUAGAAAGCAGAUGAGUGGCAAGAAGAAGAAACAACUGGGAGCAGAUCACCUGGGUUUGGAUGAGUUUUGUUUUUUAAAUGAAAAAAGGACACAAGGAUGGAGAAACCAGAGGAGCACGACACACUGUUCACUAAUAACAAGCAAUGUUGCAGGUUUUCUUUCUUGCUGGUAGACAACACAGUGUUGGUGGUUCAGUUCCCUCCACGUGUCCAUGCGCUGCUACUGAAACUCACCCGUACACAUAAACAUUGACCACUUUCAGAAUAUUUUUAACUGUUCUUUGUCUGCAGGAGUAUGGCAGCAACAAAACCAGCACAGAUAUAUUGAUAGAACUUGCUGGCACAGCUCAAAGAAUAGACAUUUUUGCACAAUUUCCAGUUUCUGGUGUGUGGAUUUAUAGAAAGCUUUAUUCUCCUUUUGUUACUGAACUAAAGGACCAAAUGGAUGAGUGGAGAGUUUUCUGUUAUAUCGGUUUCUAAAAGGGGAUCCUCAACAAAAAUGCUGUUAUUUAUCAUCUUUUUUUAAAUGUGUGCUGCAGUUUACUGACUAGUUAAUUGUACAGGAGGUUGGUCCUGCCAUAGAAAUGAGCACAACUAUAUCAUGGUAUGUUUUCUGCUUUCCUUUCAACUGCAGCUGCAAACUUUAUUUUGUUUUUUCUUACCUCCAAACAUUUUGGUUGCAUUUGAUUAAAUUGGGUUUUAAGAUGCCUCCUUAUGGCAGCUAAUGUUAACAUCCAUCAUCAAACUUUUAACAAUUCCCAAAGUGUCAUUCAAGUCUGUUAGCACAUUUCUGUUUACAGUGUGUCUGCACAUGCUAAUAAGGCGAGAAACUUGACCAACAGCCAUUAAAGCAGUUUUAAGUUAUUUUGAUUAUUUCUGGAUUAAGGAAGUGUUACCGGGUCUACCCUUUUGUUUAACAUGUUCUUUAUUUUUUUUUUAACAGCAAAACCUCAGGAUCAGUAAUACAGAUGUGCACGUUUUUGCUGUUUGCAUCCCACAUAUUUUUUAUUUAAAGAUAGUGUCAGAUAGUAAAUUUAUUAUAUCAUUGCCUUAUUUAAUAACUAGCUUGCACCAUUUCUUCCCAGCACAUCCAGAAUGAUCUGAAACAGUUUCAUGGUUGGACCAUCUCUCUGCUCCUGUAGUGAGCUUGUAGCAAAAUGUGUACUUCCUAAUGAAAUAAUAGCUGUGAUGUGAACUCCAGGUAGAAAUCUAUCAGACUUUGAUGUGUGCCCUAAUGAACUGUAUGUGCCUUCUGUGACUAUGGUCAAAUGUCCUGCAUAUUUUUGAUAUUGAAACCUCGUGUUUGUGUCAAGCAUGUUGAGUUCAAUCAUGCACACAUUGCUGUAAUCUUUACCAAAUAUUCUUCACUUUUGUUUUUUUUUUUCCUCACCAGUCAGAUGCAGUCAGUUCGUCACCAUCUAGAACUACUCAGGACUUUGUUUUUUAAAAUUCUUGUCUAUUAUUCCAACACAGGCUAACACAAUUUGUUUUACUGUAGGUGCUCAUUUCCAUUCUUAAACCAAAUCUUCAUUUAAACAGUCCUUGUUACCUGUAAGCUGUUUACAGUAAACACACAUGCUGUUAUCAGUGUGUCCCUUAUUUUGACAUAUGAACUUGAUGCAGGUGAAUGUUGCAAUAUGUAUGCUUCAUUAAGUGUCAGAUGUUCAAUAAAUGUGUCAGUCUAU